ACCAAAAAUCCAAAAUAUGCAAAUAAUCAUUUCUAACCAAAAACUGGCCCAGGAGAGGGAGUGAGGGAGUAUAUUGACAGUUGAGGGUGGAGGGCAUGAAAGUGGAAAGGAAGUCUGUUAUUCCAGUUGCAAGUAUCUACUAGAACAACCUCAGCUCAACAAAAUUCUGUGUUAGUUGCCGAUUUUGUGGAAGGAGUUUGGCAAUGGGAAUCAGGGAAUUGUUCUUGGUGGCUUUAAUGCCUGUGUUGAAAACACUGUUUAUUGCUAUAGUUGGUUUGUUUCUUGCCCUAGAUCGCGUGAGUAUCCUGUCUGCGCCUGCACGCCACCAUUUGAACAAUCUUGUGUUUUACAUAUUCUUUCCGGCACUUCUGGCUAGCAGCCUGGUAGAUUCAAUGACGGCAACCAGCAUAGUUUCUUUGUGGUUCAUUCCUGUGAGCAUUCUUAUUACGUUUAUCAUUGGAUCAGCACUUGGGUGGAUACUAGUUAAGAUCACAAGAGCUCCUCGAGAGUUGCAUGGCCUCGUUAUUGGCUGCUGUGCAGCAGGAAAUAUGGGGAACUUACCUGUCAUUAUAAUCCCGGCAAUCUGUGCCGAGAAAAAUAAUCCAUUUGGGGAUUCUUCAACCUGUUCAAAGAAUGGAAUGAGUUAUGUGGCACUAUCUAUGGGGAUAGGAGCUGUUUUUGUCUGGUCUUAUGUAUAUAAUAUCGUAAGAGCGUGUGGGAAUAAUAAUAUCCCCACCGAUGCCAAAGUGGACUCCAGAAUAAGCGAGAAGCAACACGAUGAAACAUUAGGAAUAACCUUAGACAACAACUGCACAGAAGCAUUAUUAUUGUCAAACAAUUACUUGAGCUCGGGAGGAAAUGAAGAUCUCGAAAGAUCAACACGAGAAGUCCAAGUGCCAGUACUCGGGAAAAUUAAACAGCAAGUGAAAACGUGGAUGGGAAAUAUUGAGCUGAAGAUGAUAUUCAGACCUCCUACUAUAGCAACAAUUCUUGGAAUCAUUAUUGGCGUUAUAUCUCCAAUAAGGAACAUCAUGGUUGGCGAGAGUGCUCCACUACGUUUCGUUGAGAGUUCUGUUGUUUUGCUAGGGGAUGCAGCAAUCCCUUCAAUGACACUGAUAAUGGGGGCAAAUCUUUUACGAGGAUUCAAAAGAUCGGGAGUUGGUCUAUGGCUUCUCGUGGGGAUCAUUAUAGUCCGUUUCAUCGCCUUGCCUGUUGUAGGCAUCGUUGUGAUUAAAGCUGCACGAGAUCUAGGAAUGGUGGGAUCAGACCCGUUGUAUCACUUCGUUCUUCUUCUUCAGUAUUCUGUUCCUCCAGCAAUGGCCAUAGGAACGAUCACACAGCUGUUUGAGAUUGGGGAGACUGAAUGCUCUGUGAUAAUGUUUUGGAAUUAUGGGGUGGCAUCAGUUGCAUUGACACUCUGGUCAACAUACUUCAUGUGGUUUCUAUCCUGACUCUUCUUCUUCUUCUUCUUCUGUGUAUUGCCUGCACCCUAUUUACUAGUUCUUCAUUUUCUUGACUAUUAUCUCAUUUGUUCAUCAUCAUUUGAAGUUUAAAAAAUUAGCCCUAAAAUCGGCAUGAGCAGCUCAACUGGUUAUCAGAUGCUCUGUCGGGUCGGUAUGUAGGAACACUUAGAAUUGGGA